AUGCCUGCUAUCGUUGUCGACGCCCUCAUCAGUCAAGCGGCCACCAUCGUCGGUGACAAUGCAGUAGCUCGUGACCGGGACCUCCUCCUUUCACUCUUGGAGUACGCCCCCAAUGAGCGUGGAAAGGCCCAGAUUGCGAGCAAAAUCGUCCAGGGUGGCGACACCUAUGAAGGCAUCAAGGACCACCAGAUGCACCUUCAGCAUCUCGCCGACUUCUUCUGGCGCAAUUUGAUAAUACCUGUGCGCGUUGCCGGAGGUAGGACCCCCGAGCCCAGGAGUAGAAUGUCGCGCAGCGGCGCAAGCUCAAGGGGUGACUUAAACUCGCCUGCUGAGGCUGAAUCCGUCGACGAUCUUAAGGGAGUUAUUGACGCAGCCAAUCUCCGUGACAGCUGUCGCUGCAUCAUCUCAGGCAAGGUAGAUCCCGAAACCAUGGAGAGUGGCAGCUUCACCCCCGGGGGCACAGGCUUUGAGGUGACGAAAGUCACUCACAUUAUUCCCUUUUCUCUGCGUGACGGAUCCGGGGCCGCCUGCGCCUUGCACCUCCCCGCCAUCCGGGGUGCCCUGGAAAGCUUCGGGGGCGUCGAGCUCGGCUCCCUAAUGCACGGGGGCAUCAACGCGCUCGACAACGUCCUCACCCUGUCCGCAACCGUCCACCGGUAUUUCACCGAGCUGCAAAUCGCGCUCGAGCCCAUGCCCGGGAACCCCCUCGUGUGCCGCGUCCACACGUGGGGCAGAGUCGCUCCCCGCCUCGGACUGCCGAAGACCGUCAAGCUGAGGAGCGCAAGCGGCGCGCCCCCACCUAACUCGGCGUACCUGGCGUUGCACUGCGCCAUCUGCAAGGUGCUGUGGUCCUCGGGGCGUGCUCAGGAGCUCAAGGACGUGUUGGACGACUUGGAGGAGGUCACGCUGCUCGCCCCGGACGGAAGUUCGGCGAAUCUGAUCAACAUUGCGAUCUACAAGUCGCUCACCUUGACUGACGGGGACCUGUGA